AUGGAAGACGACGAACUACUAAAAGCCGCUAUAGCCACAUCAAAGAAAGAAUCUGCUGAGAAGAGGCAGGUUCCUGUCUUACGUCAGCAAGAUCUAGAAGAGGACCAACUUCAAAAAGUCCUUCGAUUGUCUGCUAUGGAAGCGGGCGUGUCUCCUCCGCCUGAAGCACCUACAAGCUCUCAUCAGGAACAAGACAUCACAAACGACCACGACCAGGAAGAAGACGAAGAUCCGGAUUUUCUUCUUGCUCAAGCUAUGGAGCUCUCGAUGCAGAAUCACGUCACCAACGCUGCAAGCAGUAGUGGCAGCAACAGCAAUGGUGAUGUCAAACUGAAGCGUCCCGCUGAAGACCACGACCACGCAAUCGCUCUCCAGAUGCAGCAAGAAUAUGACAAUGAACUCGCUGCUGCUCCUACUACCCAGCCACCUCCCAAACGCAGGCGUUUGAUAGCAGACGAUACGAACGAUGAAGAUACCGAUAUUGACGACGAGGACGACAAUUUGAAGACUAUGAUAAACAACAUACCUCCUAUGGGACCGCAACAGCGACAACAAGCUCCUCGUAAUAUACCAACUCCAACACCGAAUAUGCCUCAUCAAGGAUCUGGUGCAAAUCAACCUCGAUUCCUGAGUGGGCAAGUUGGAUAUACGUACGUGACUCAAUGGAAUCGGGCUGGAUAUUUCCACAUACGUGACCUAGUCCAGCCACAAUACUUACGUGAAGCUGUAUGCUCUGCUAUGGUCAUUGACGAGACAUGGCUGCUUAAUGCCACAAAGCCGAUAAAUUUGAAGAAUUUGGUCUUGAUUCGUAAUAUGGAUGGUGAAAAAAAGCAGCAGCAUAGAGAGCAUUAUGUUGAGGAUUGGAUUGGUGUGCUUGGGUUUCCUACGAGCUUGAUUGAGGUGCUUGUCCAAGGCUGGGGCCUCUACCAUCCCAAGUUCAUGUUGCUGAAAUUUGAUUCGUUUGUGCGCAUCGUGAUUGGGUCUUCGAAUCUGUAUGCUGGAGAUUGGGAAGUUCUCGAGAACUGCUUGUAUGUGCAAGAUUUUCCACUUCAAAAAGGUGGCACUCAGUCUGAAUUCUCGACGGCUCUCCAAGAGUACAUUACUGCUAUCAACCUUCCGGCAGUAGCUGGUCGUGUAAAUGUUCGUGAAGUCAUAACAGGCAUGUUUUCAAAUUAUGACUUUUCGGCAGCAAAGGGUGUUGUAGUGGGAUCAGUCAAAGGAAAUCAUAGUGCAGCAAGUAGUAAGUUCGGAUUGGUUGGUCUUGCUAAAGCCGUUGCUUCGUUUAAAAUUCGAUUUCAAACUACCGACCCCAUAUACUACCAAACAUCAUCUAUGGGUGGUCUCAAUCAAAAAUGGGCCAGCGACUUUGUUCAUGCAUGUCGUGGCACUUUCGGAAACAGACAGGACGAGAUUCCCUUGGAACGCACUCCACUACGCGUAUUAUAUCCAACCAAAAACAUGGUGGCUGCCUCGCCUUGUCAGACGUGUGGCUCUAUCACUCUCCAAGCAAAGUAUUACAAUGAAGAACCACGUAUGAAGUCCAUCAUGCAAGAGGCUGAAUCGUCGAGGGAAGGUGCUCUGUGCCAUUCGAAGGUGAUUGUUGCGUCAUCACGAGGUAUCCUGCCUCCAAUGGCCAAACAUGAAGGGAGAAGGCCUGCUUUGAUACGUAAAUCAUUACCUGUGCCUAAAUCGUAUCUUCCGCAAGCACUCGAAUUUCGAAAUCGAGGAGCUUCAUCAUCUGCCACACCACCGUCGAAUCGGGACAAGACGAAUUCGGGUGCUGUCGGGUGGAUAUAUGUUGGAAGUCACAAUUCAACCAAAGCGGCUUGGGGUGAUAGUGUCAACACUAGAAAUCGAUUCAAUAUGAAUAACUAUGAACUGGGAGUGGUCAUUCCUUAUGGUGUUGAUGGGCGUGGAGUUGGUGUGGCUGAGGGAUUGACGUUGGAAAGCAAUUGUGUGCUUCCCGGUCGUCCGUAUGGACAUGGGGACGAGCCAUAUCAUGAGCAAAUGUAUGUCAAGAACCCUGUACAAGCAAAUGAUGCAGAUUUCCACUUUUAG